AAAAUCUAAGUCUGUCACUGUCAGUCAGUUUUCUCAGUCAGUGGUGUGUUUUCAGAGCUCAGUGUGUGUUGUUUCCUCACCGUCAGGAUGAAGGUGUGUGUCCUCCUGAUGUGUGUGUGCUGUCUCUGCUGGAGGACGGAAGCAGAGUCCAGAUCGUAUCUGAUAACAGCUCCUCUCUCACUGCGUUUGGACGCUGCGGAGACGGUGUUGCUGCAGUUGUUUGGUUAUACAGAGGAGGUGACGGUCUACGUUUUCUUAAAGACCUCCAUGGCUCCGGAUCAUGUGGUUCUGGCUCAGGAAGUUGUGACCCUCAACACCAACAACCACCACCAGGCCACUGCCAAAGUCCGGCUGUACCCAGGUCAGCUGGCUAAGAGUGUGAGUCAUGUGAUUCUCCACGUCCAAUCAGCAGAGAUCAACAAACACCUGUCUGUCGCUGUCAGCCGAACCAACGGCUUCCUGUUCAUCCAGACCGACAAACCGCUGUACACGCCGCACCAGAACGUCAAAGUGAGGGCGUUUUCUCUGAACCAAGAGCUGAGGCCGGCCAAUCGCAGCGUCUUCCUGACCUUCAAGGACCCGGAUCACACGACGGUGGACAUUGUGGAGAUGUUUGAUGUCAACAACGGAAUCCCGUCCAUGCAAAACCCCUUCAAGAUCCCCAUUAAACCGAAGCCUGGGAUUUGGUCCAUUGAAGCCUCCUACUCGGAUGAUUUCACCACAACAGCGAGAGCAGACUUUGAAGUGAAAGAAUACGUUCUUCCCAGUUUCUCCAUCCUCGUGGAACCAGAAGGAAACUACAUUAGCUACGGACGCUUCAAGCGUUUCAACAUCAAGGUCUCCGCCAGGUAUCUCCACGGUGCUCCGGUGGCUGAUGGUGAGGUGUUUCUGCGCUACGGCUACGUUAGCGGGAAGAAUCCUCCGGUUCUCAUCCCCAGCUCUGUUUCCAGAGAGAGAUUGUCCUCGUCAGGUGAAGUGGAUGUGACUGUUAACAUGGAGAAGGUCCUGUCCAAACACAACGGACCAAAAGACCUCAACAGUCUGGUGGGGAAGUACCUGUACAUCACUGUACUGCUGCAGGAGGACACAGGUGGUAUCACUCAGGAGGCGGAGUUUGCUGCAGUGAAGUUCGUCAAAUCACCGUACAGCCUGAGUCUGGUGUCCACACCCCCCUUCAUCAAACCUGGACUUCCUUAUAACAUCCAGGUGCUGGUGAAGGAUCACCUGGACAAACCGGUGAACCGGAUUCAGGUUCGUCUGGUGGAGCGACAACUGAUCAGACAGGGGAAGGAGACCGAGGACAUCCCCUGUCCUGACAGCAUUUACAGCCAAUCAGACGGCCUUGCUGUCUUCAUCUGCAACACACCGAGUGAGGGAAUCAAAGCAGUACUAAAGUUUGAGACGGCGGACCCCGCCCUCCCAGCACUCAGUCAGGCCAGUCUGAGUCUGGAGGCGGUGGCCUAUCACUCCCCAAACCAGCGUUACCUUUACAUCGACCCCCCGCUGCCCGGCCACGGCCUGGAGGUGGGGCAAUUCUCCAACAUCAAGGUGUACUCGGCCACGCCCUCCUACGUGCCCGUCAGAGCCCUCAGCUACCUGGUGCUUUCUAAAGGGAAGGUGGUGCAUUACGACAGUCAGAAGUUUGUCUCCACCACCGAUCACAAACAGACUGUGAGCUUCCAGGUGACGACCUCCAUGGUCCCGUCCAUCCGACUGCUGGUCUACUACAUCCUGUACGGGGAGGGGACGUCCGAGCUGGUGGCCGACUCCGUCUGGCUGGACGUCAGAGACAAGUGUGUCAGCGGACUCCAGACUGAUUUGUCAUAUUAUAGAACCGAAGUGUACAAACCGAAGGAAAACCUCCGGCUGGACAUCCGGGCCAAUCAGGAAGGUCUGGUGGCUCUGUCUGCUGUGGACUCCGCCCUGUUCACACUACGACCCAACUACAGGGACCCUGUUACCAUGGUUAUGCGUCACAUUGAACAAAGCGACCAGGGCUGCGGUGGAGGCGGCGGCAGAGACAGCGCAGACGUCUUCCAAUUGGCCGGCCUUACCUUCAUCACCAACGCCAACGCCCAAGCAUCAACCAGCAUUGAGGCGUGCACAGCAGCGGUGCGUCCAAAGCGAGCUCUGACUGAAGAGGAGAAGAUAAAGAAAGCUGAGAGUUACGGUCCGCUGAAGACGUGCUGUGAACAGGGGAUGAAGUACAUCCCAAAGAGUGUGACCUGCCUUCAGUUCGCCCAGCAGACCUAUCGUAAGCAUCCUCGCUGCAGACAGGUCUUCAGAGCCUGCUGUGAGUUCAUCCAGCAGCACUUAGACCAGGACCAGAACAUCAUCCUGGGACGCAACGAGUUGGGUGCGGACUUCGACCUGGCUCCUUCUCUGGUGCGGAGCUACUUUCCAGAGAGCUGGAUGUGGGAGGUGCAGCCCGUCAGUCCAGGCCAGACGACAGUCAUUAGGCCUCUACCAGACUCUCUCACCACCUGGGAGAUCAAGGCCAUCGGCAUGUUCAAGAACGGUAUUUGUGUUGCGGAGCCGGUUCAGGUGUCGGUCCGUCUGCCAGUCAGUGUGGACGUCCCGCUGCCUUAUCAGGUGGUCAGAGGAGAACAGCUGGAGCUCAAAGGCUCAGUGUACAACCAGCAGCCCGACAGCAUCAAGUACUGUGUGACGCUGACAGUCGGCCCGGCACUUUGCCUGCUGCAGUCCCAGCCGGCUGCUGGGGGUCUGCACUCCACCGCCUGCACCUUUAACCGCCUGUCUGCAGGGGAGGUGGGGAAAGUGACCUUCACCCUGCUGGGCCUGGAGCCUGGAGAACACACCCUGACCUUUACUCUGAAGACACGCCAAGGGCGCAUAGACAUCCUGGAGAAGAAGCUACGAGUGGUGCCUGAAGGACUGAAGAAGGAGGUGUUUUCUGGAGGGAAACUCGACCCACAGGGAAUCUACGGUUCAGAGAAGAGAACAGUGGAGAUAAAGAACAAACUGCCGGCCAACAUCGUUCCCAACACAGCCGUAGAGAGAAUGCUGACUAUCAAUGGUGAGGUUCUUGGUGACGUCUUGUCAGUGGUGCUCAGCCCCAAAGGCCUGCAACAGCUCGUCAACCUGCCGGCUGGGUCAGCAGAGGCAGAGCUUGGUGGACUCCUCCCCCUGGUCCAGAUGUAUCUGUACCUGGAGACGACGAGGCACUGGGAAGUCCUGGGAGAAAACAUCCAGAAGAGCUCGAAAGAUCUGAGACAGAAGAUCAGAGAGGGUCUGGUCGGUAUCAGUUCAUUCAGACGUGGAGACUCCAGCUACAGCAUGUGGAUGAAGAGAGAAUCCAGCACCUGGCUGACAGCUCUGGUGGUGAAGACCCUGUCUGCGAUGGACCCGGUGGUCUCUGUGGACCAUCAGGCUCUGUCAGACUCGGUGGCCUGGUUGAUCCGCAACGCUCAGCAGCAGGACGGAUCCUUCGCAGACAAAUCCUCCUUCAGACCCAACAAAGUCAUGGCUGCGGGGACGGAUCCAGUCGACCAAUCAGUGUAUCUCACGUCCUUCGUCCUGAUCGCGUUACACAGAGCGACGAGCAUCAAAGACCCAAUCCUGCAGCUCCGAUUUCACGAUGACAGCAUGACGUCAGCAGCGAACUACAUUUCCCAGCAUGCCCUGGGUGUGAAGAGCGUGUAUGUGCGUGCGGUGGCGACCUACGCUCUGACCCUCCACGACCCCAACAGCAUGACGGCCUCUCAGCUGCUCGACACCCUGGAGACCGUGGCUCGGCAGAAAGGUCACCCCGCUGUGCUCAGGUACUGGCAGGAGUCCAGCGUGACAGCUGAUUGGCUGAAGCCCGACCAAUCCAGCGGCCUGACGGUGGAGACGACGGCGUACGUCCUGCUGACUGUGCUGCUCAAGGGGAGAAUCUCAUACGCCAACCCCAUCCUGUCCUGGCUGACCCAGGAUCAGCACUACGGAGAGGGUUUCUACUCUAUACAGGACACGGUCUUGACUCUGGAGGCGGUGACAGAGUACAGCAGGGUCCUCCCUCGAGCCGUCCUCAGUCAGGACAUCAACAUCCGCUACAGGAAGAAGGGACCGCUGGGACGAGUCCAGCUCAGCCAGAGCCGACCUGUGGCCACGCCCAUCCAGGUGACGACGGAUGAUGACAUCACUGUGUCCACAGGUUAUGGGACGGGCGUGUCCAACGUGAAGAUGAAGACAGUUUACUAUGAGACGACCGCGUCCACAGAGAAGUGUAACUUUGACGUCACUAUAGAGGUGGCGGGCCCCGACACCUCCGACAAUCCCAGUAUGCAUGCUCCUCACCUGGUCGCCUGUGCAAAGUAUAAACCUCCUCCUAACGAGGUGAUCACAGAGUCCAGUCUGACGGUGAUGAAGAUCCAGCUGCCGACAGGUGUGGAGGCGUACCUGGAGGACCUGAGACAGUUCAGAGACACGGAGGAGCCGCUCAUCUCCCACUAUGAACUCCAAGGGAACACUGUGGUCAUUCAGAUGGACGCUGUUCCUUCAGACGUCUUCCUGUGCGUUGGUUUUCGGAUCAGGACCAGGUUCACGGUGAGCGGGGCCGCCGAGUCCCUGCUUAGCGUCUAUGAGCCUCAGGACAAAGACAGUUACUGCACCAAACAGUUCUCCUACCAGGAGCAGAAGCUGCAGCGCCUCUGUGUGGGCGAACAGUGUCAGUGUAUGACAGCUGCCUGCGCUGCCUACAGAGGAAACAUCGAUUUGACUCUGACAGCAGCCAAACGGACCGAUGAGACCUGCAAGCCUCACAUCAAAUACGCCUAUAAGGUGACGGUGAAGUCUGCAGCAGCAGAAGGAGACUUUAUGACCUACACAGCCACCGUAGUUGAAGUUCUGAAGAACACAGAUAAAGAGUUUGAAGCGGUGAGUUCAGGUACAGAGGUGGACCUGGUAAAAAAGGUCACCUGCAGUGCUGUCGAUAUCCAGAACAACAAACAGUACCUGGUGAUGGGAGCCAGCGGGUCAGAGGUCAAGCUCGGCCAUGGCUUCAGGUAUCGUCUUCCUCUGGACUCGGAGGCGCUGGUGGAGCUGUGGCCGACAGAAUGUAGUUCUCCUGAGUGUUCGGACUACGUUUCCCAUCUGGAGGACUUCGCUCUGGACCUGCAGUUAGCCAGCUGCCCUGACUCAUCUUAACUCAGCAGACCAGAUUUUCACUCCACGCUUUCAUUUAAUACUGAGGAGGAGUUUAAAAAGAGCUGUGAAGAUGAAGACGAGCUUUCUCUGCCCAGAAAGGGUUAUCAGUUCGGGAAAUGCCGUUGCACAGUUUAAAUGUAAAUGGAUUUUAUUUCUCCUUUUCCAAAUCGUGCCAUCUUUUCAUAAUCUGCCAAUAAAGGUAAAAUAAAUUCUC